AUGGAGCAACACGCGAAAUCUAAAUCAUUUUCUAACGGUGAUAUCAAAACAGAUAUCAAAACAGAAAUAUCACCACAUAAUGGUAAUAAAAUAACGACAGUUAUCUGUUCGCCUAAACUUAAAUAUAUUGCGACAUCGAGUUCGACUAAGGAAAAGCGAGAUUUCAUGAUUGUGGUGUGGCCAGUCAUUGGUGAUGGAAACACAUUACAUCCAGAAUCGAGCACCACUUUUCGACAAUUUAUUAAUGAUGAUGGUGCUGUAAAUCAUAAAUUGCGAUCUGUCUCUGAUAAUCGUUUAGUUGUCGUAGAAUAUACUAGUCAUAAUGAACCUAGCAUACGUGUUUUUGUCAUUUUCGAUCUUGUCCGGGGCUGUCAUAUCAAGGUUCCGGGGAUUCCUAUGCAAUCCCACUAUCAUUUAUUUGAAUGCGCUUUUCUUGACAAUGGGGAUUUAAUAGUCAUUAAUGAUACAGACGUCUUUGUGUAUACUGUUAAUUUUUUUAGAGGUCAAAGUUUAUUAAUAUGUAAAGCAGCUUACGGGUUUACCCACCGUUAUACUAAAUGCUUAAUUGCUAAAGUUGGAAUAUUAAUACCUGCUUGUUAUAAAUACGAAUAUAAAGAAGAUGAUAUUAGAACUCAAUGGAAUCUCGAAACGGGAUCUUUUGUGGCUCAAAUGCCUAUGGAUUUUAGAAGUGUAGAAGAUUCUGAUGGGCAUGAUGGUCUUGUACGAAAUAGCGAUAAUACUUUGCUUGCAUCAUAUACGUGCGUAGGAAAGCCUUUAAAGCGAAUCCUUAAUGUUUAUGCUGCCGAAACCGGUGUAAAACUUUUUUCAUAUCUUCUUAAAGACAAUCAAUAUGGCAUUGAUUUCGUGCGCAGCGGUACACAUUUAUUCGUUCCAUCAUUCACUAAGUACACAAAAAUCGAUGAUCCGCCGGUUAUCGAUCUUUUGACAUUUAUAGAUCCAUCCUCGUCUAACUGUCCCGUAAAUGUUUCUUUAAAGAAAUCUGCCGAUGAAUUUAACGUGCCAUUAGAAUUUACUCCUCGAUUGAUAAAUAAAAAUAAGGCUAUUGGAAUAGUAGAUGGACUUGUACAUGUUCGUGAUAUUUUUCAAGCAAAUUAUUCACGAAAGGAUGCUCAUGAUUAUAAUAAGAUCUAUUGUCAAAAUUUUAUGGAAGGAAUAGCUGAGAAUAUUAAACACUACUUGGGAUUUAAUAAUUCAAUCACUUCAAACUAUAACAAAGUUUAUUCUGGCAAUAAUAUUACCUGGUCAAUUUUUGACACACAAAAUGGUGAAGAACUCACUGCAUUCAUUCUCAAUAAAAUCACUUAUUAUUGGGAGCCAGUCAGUACAAGACGCGGCUUUUAUUUCAAUAGAAUCGAUGAUAGAUUAGCUGGUGGGAUCCAAGAUUGCAGGAUACUAUCUAAUGAUGAUUUGAUGGUUGUUAAUAGAAGCUUUAUAUUGAUAUUUACGCUUGACAACGAACAUAAAAUACAAAUAAGUUAUUGGUGGAAUAGGUAUAGUUUAAUUUCUGGUGACGUAAAACUGGAUCACUUAAUUUCAGUUCGAUAUUUUGAAGAUAUUUUGAAAUACUACGAAGUUGAGAUGGAAAAUGGCAAAACAAAUGAGAUAUCAUAUCCUCUUCAUGAGCUGAUCGAAAAUAAGAUCACGGAUCUGUUAUUUUUUAUGCUACAUGCUCCAAAAAUUUUAAAAGCAGCAAUCAAAUUCCAUAGGGGUGAUGUCGUUGAACUCGUUUGUGAUCAAUGUAUGGAAUUUUUCAAGGUUAAUCAAAAAAAUCUCGCAAUCCUUUCAAUAUUAUCGAGUGUUUUAUUCAAGCUUGCAAAGUAUUAUCCCGGAUGUGUUAGUAAAUUUUUAGCUCAAACUACUUUAGUAAUGAAACCUAUGGAUCACUUGCAUAUUCAUUCCACAUCUUAUCCUCACCUUUACACAUAUACUUUAGAACAUCAUAUGUUUGAACUCAAUAGAUUUUCUAAAUUUUAUUUGAAAAUCUAUAGAUUAUCUAAUAAGUUCAUACUAGAUUUACGGACUUCUGACUUGUGGAAUAGUAGUCUUGAAUUUCUUGGUUAUAGUAUAAAGUUUAAAAGACCUGCUCUUGAUUUAUUUAUACCUUUGUCAAAAUUUGCUUCCUAUCCUGUUGAGUAUAAUUUUUGGAAGGAACUCUUGGAUCUAGGUGCAUAUAUUUUUCCGGUUGCUACUUCCAUAUACUGGCUAAACCAUGGUCCUCCUCCGUUAUGGGCACCAGCGAUUUCCAAUUUAUUUCUUGACCUAAAAUUUUUAUUCUUCUUACGACCUUUUGAGUCUUUUGGCGUCUACUUUGCCAUGAUUACUGGUGCACAUGUGGAUGAAGUUCGAAGUAAAAUAAGGGAAAUAAAUGGACAUGAUUGGCAUGGUGUUGAGAAACCAAUUUUGCACCCAGAACUUUUAAAACUUAUUGGUAUGGAUAAAAGUAGAUUCAAGGAAUGCUGA